GUGUGUGUGUGUCACUGGCGUUUGAAAUGGCACCCUGGUGUUCAAAGUCGAAUCGGGCAGCCCAGAUUUGAGCGUCUCCUAAAUCUAACAUGUCAUGUGCAGUUGCACUUACGUGCGAGUGAGAGUUUUAAGAGGCGAGUGACAGAGAAAGAGGGACAAAGAGAACGAGACGGUUGGAAAGGAGAGAAGGGCACUUAGCAAGAAAGCUAACUGAAGCAGAAAACUCAAACUCGUGGCACUUAUCAAAAUCGCUUUGGAUGAACGACACAAAUUCAAAAGCCUGGAUGAAAACAUUGGAAGCUCUAAGCAUUGCCGAUGAAGGACACCAGAAAAGCUGUGUUUAUGUUGCCAGGAACGUCGAUUCAGCGUUUUUUGCGGACAUUGACCUUUGAUAGAACAACUGGACAUUUCAAGCUUUGGAUAAUGACAUUGUUUCAGAUUCAUGCAUCGAUAAAUCUAAGGACUAGUCUGCCAUGUCUACAAAUGUUGAUGUUUUAAUUGAAGAAAGAGGAGCUUGCUCCCCCAACAAUACCCACUAAAUUACUUGGAUUUUUAUUUAUUUUUUGCUUAGCCUAUUUAAUUGGUGUGCCAUACUGUGGAUCAUGAGCUUGGUGCCCAAUGCCAGCAUCUCUGUCCCUUCCAACUCGGGCACCAGUGGAACAGGAAGUGGCUCGAGUGGAGGUGGAACAGGCACUGUGUGGGUAACCCCUCUUCUCGGUGCUACCCUGAUAACCAUGUGCAUCCUUGGUGUGGCGGGGAAUGUUUACACACUUGGCGUGAUGCGUUCUGUGGUUUUGCGCCGCUCCGGCUCGAUGUACGUAUUCAUUGUUAAUCUGGCGGCUGCUGACCUGCUCUACCUGGCCACCAUCCCAUUUGUGGUGUGCACUUAUUUUGUCCAUGACUGGCUCUUCGGUGAGACAGGGUGUCGGGUUCUGCUCAGCCUGGACCUGCUUACCAUGCAUGCAAGUGUCUUUGCUCUUGUAGCCAUGAGCCUGGAACGUUACCGUGCUGUUGCAUCGCCAUUCCGUGCUCGUCGAUCUGCCUCCAACUCUGCCCGGCGACACUGGCUAGCAGCUCUUGCCAUCUGGGGUGCUGCCCUGGUCCUCACACUACCCAUGAUGGUGAUGAUCAGGCUGCGGGAGGGGCGUCCGGGUGCCUCCGGUCUAGUCAAGCGCAUUUGCUUUCCAACAUGGACGCCCGAGGCUUUCAAAGCCUACCUCACUGUUCUUUUCUUCACAAGCAUGUUGGUGCCAGGGCUAGUCAUGGUGGUGCUUUAUAUUGGGUUGGCACGGUGCUACUGGAUAGCACAGUCCAACCUGAUGCAAGGAAGAAAAGGAAACAAGAAUAGCGUCUGCCUUUCAACCUCUUUUGGGCCAUCUAGGCGGAAAAGGCUUAAACACAAGGUCGUCUGCAUGAUUUUCGCCAUUGUGGUGGCCUAUUGGGCAUGUUUCCUGCCCUUCUGGGGCUGGCAGAUGGCCAAGCUUUUCUCAACUGAAUCCCUGCGCUCAUUGACACCUGCCACACACACCUACGUCAACUUCUUUGUUACGUGCCUGACAUACGGCAACAGUUGUGUGAAUCCACUGCUCUACACAUUGCUUACCCGCAACUAUAAAGACUACCUUGCACAACGGGGACAGGCUUCAGGCUCGAGCCGUAUUGACCAGGGCUCGGGGUCAGGAAUCAAUGAUGUUUAGAUGGAAUUAUCUGUGAAAUUAUCUGACGGACAUGGGUAACGUCUACUUAAUAAUAUACCACAACUGCAUUUUGUUAUUUAAUAUUCCCAACCUCCCAUCCUGCAUAUUUUUUGCCUUUUCCCUGUUCUAUUACACCAACCUAAACUCAGCAAAGAUUAUUAUUAGCUAAGCAGAUGCAUUGGGCACAAGGGCAACACUAAAAUGCAAAAUAAGACCAAGGGAUACUCCAAAACCAGGGUUGGGAAUCUGUUGGUUGCUCCCCCAGGACCAGGGUUCAACACAAUAAAAGAUCACCAAAGACUUUUUUUGACCCAACCACACUGAUUAUGCAAUGACUUGAAUAAUUUACAUGUUCUAAUAAAUACUGGUAUGUGAUGGACUCCCCAUGUGAUGAACUGUUCAUGAACAUACAGAGUGCCAUGGAUUUGAAUUCAUUUGUAGCAUGGACUAUCUUUAAUGCUUUGUUUAUAUUUAAGAUAUAUAUGUGUGAUAUCCUGAUGUUCAACAUCUAAAGGUGCAUUCUGAACAAUUAAAUGGUGUGUAUGAUUCGAAUGCGAACUGAAAAUAAUGUGCAUGUUCUCGUGUAUGCGGUCAUGGAUAUCUCGAGGUUGAACAUGUCUGUACUGUUCCCUUAUGCCCUGGAAUGUUUCUUCAGGCUGACAAAUUCCUCACUCUCAGCCACAGGGCUUUUCGAGUAGCAAUGCAAAUUAUUCCUACUUAGCUGUGACAGGAGAUGAUAAUGCUGACCUGAACAAUGCCUGAUGAACCAUAUGACCUUUGGCUUGGUGAAAUCAUUUCGGUAGCAUCACAAAACGAGACUCAAACUGGAAUCAACUAAACCAGGGAAGUAAAAGUGGUAGAUAGUAGAUAGUAGGGGUGUGGUCAAAACUUGUUGGUGAGAACUGAUUUUGCCAAUGUUACCGGUUCCAAAGCUUAGAAUGACAAUACACUGUUAACUGCUCUUGAUGAUAGGGUUUAAUGUGUUACCACCCCAAACAACAUCCUUAAUACUUUUAUUCCUUACAUACCAAAACAAUUUGCCAACCAUAACAAUUGUAUCCAUUUAAUAAGGAAUGUUAUUUUUAUCCAUUUAUAUUUACAUUUAAAGAAUAUCUGCCUCCAAAAUUGUUGUAGAAGUUUGAAGAAGCGAAUAUGGCUGAAAAAAAUAGUCCCGAUACGUUUGUCCAUAUUGUGUAUGUUUGGGAUCUUAAGUUUGUGGACACCAUCACACACAUAUACUGUACAGUAAAUAUCCCUGAUGCUCCCUGAACCUAUUUUGUUGAUCUUGGAGCGUGUCUGUGGAGAUUUUAUGCUCAUUCAGCAUUAAGAGUGUAUGUCGGGGCCAUGAUGUUUGGUGAGGAAGUCCUGGGUGUAGUCAUUCAGCUCACUUUGACAGGAAACAGGUUUGGCCACAUUGGUUCCAGUGAAGUGACUUUGUUACGUUACAGCAUACAGUGCAAAAUCUUCCUGUGUCAAUUGUUGGAAACCAUGUAAUAGUGUAAUGGUCGGGUCUUUUGAAGGGGACAGAAAAUAAACGUUAAAAAUAUCUUAGUACAUUUAUGAAAUAUUAUUAGUGUUAUUCACUAUUAAUACUAGGGGUGUAACGGAACACAUAUCCGUACUGAAAAUUUUCAGUACCAAGCUUUUCUUUCGGUACACACGUGAACCGAAUGCAGUCCUUUUCACGUUCGAAACAAAGUUAAACUCUGUGAUCCCUCAGGAGCGUAUUAAUUGGCAGACCACAUAUUUGUUUAGUCAUCGCCUCAAACUUUGAGUGCAUUUUAUUAGUAGUAGUAUUAGUAUUAGCCAGGGGUAUAAAAAAAAAUAAUAAUAAACUAAGAGUUAGCGCAGUGUCACUGUGGCUACUUACUCCAUACUGGAAAAAACUAUUUGUUUUGCGCAUGCAUGAAAACCCAAAAGAACCCAUAGCGCUAGCGUUAGCCACUAGUCGCUUCCUGGUUAGCAGCUAGCACUAGCACUAUGGAUUCUUUAGCAUUGAAAAUCCUGACAAUUCCACAUAUUAAGGAAGUGAAGGAUGGAAGGAAUUAGAACAUUUGUUGAAUUGUGGUGGGGUAAGUAGAACAGUUAAGUAAAUCAUAUCUUUAAAACAUUAAAUAUUAAAUGUAAAACGAAACAGGCACACACUUAAAUACACAUCUGUAUUACCCAAAUGGGG